AUGCGUCUAAGAACAAUCUAUAUUAAGAAGAAAUUUUUGAAAUUAUUAUUUGUGUCGUUUUCAAUCAUAUCAUUAAUAACAAUUUUAACUAAAAUCACCAAUAAUUUAACGACUUCACCACCUCCACCACCACCUUUAGUUAUAAAUAAAGAUAGAAUUUUAAAUACGUUUCCAAGUGUUAAUGCUACUUAUGAUAUCAUGAAGGAUUUAGAAGAUUCGUUCAGUGAAGAUAAAAUUGGCACUCGACCAAGCGCUUGUUUUGUAACUUUAGUUAGAAAUGAAGAAAUGGAUGAUAUGGUGAAUUCUGUUGCAUAUAUUAGAGAAAAAUUUAAUAAAAAUUAUAAUUAUCCAUGGGUCUUCUUAAAUGAUGAGGAAUUUACUGAUGAGUUCAAAGACAAAAUUUCUGAAGCUGCAGGUAAUAUUACUAUCGAGUAUGGUUUAGUCCCAGAAGAACAUUGGUCAUAUCCAGAUUAUAUUGAUACAGAUAAAGCUGCAGAAACUAGAAUUAGAAUGAGCGAUAUAAUAUACGGUGACUCCGAGUCGUAUAGACAUAUGUGUCGUUAUCAAUCUGGUUUCUUUUGGAGACAUGAACUACUUGAUAAAUAUGAUUGGUAUUGGAGAGUUGAACCAGGUAUUGGUUAUUUUUGUGAUAUUUUGGACGAUCCGUUCCAAUACAUGCAAGAUAAUAAGAAAGUAUAUGGUUUUACUAUCACCAUUCAUGAGUUUGAAAGUACAAUCAAAUCGUUGUGGCAGACUACAAGAGAUUUUGUCGCUAAUAAUACAGAAUAUAUUGCAAAGAAUAAUCUAAUAGAUUUUAUUUCUGAUAAUAAUGGUGAAACUUAUAAUUUAUGCCAUUUUUGGUCUAAUUUUGAAAUUGGUAAUUUGAAUUUCUGGAGAUCAGAAGCAUAUAAUGAAUAUUUUGAUUAUUUAGAUCAUGCUGGAGGGUUUUUCUAUGAAAGAUGGGGUGAUGCUCCUGUUCAUUCUAUUGCUGCUUCUCUGUUUUUACCAAAAGAUGCAAUUCAUUUCUUUCCUGAAAUUUCAUAUUAUCAUGUUCCAUACACUAAUUGUCCUAUCGAUAAUGCCAUUUAUGAAAAGUAUAAUUGUGAAUGUAACCAAGAUGAUGAUUUUACCUGGCAGGACUAUUCCUGUGGUGUUCAAUACCAUAAUGCACAAAAUUUAACAAAACCAAUGGGUUGGACAAAUCACACCGGUUAA